UGGCAACUCUAUUAAAUAACUGUUUUAAAAAGAAGGACCGAUAUUAACAUUUAAAAUUAAAAUGGGAUACAUUUAACAAAAAUGUAUUAGUCUUAAAAUUAAGUAUUUUCUACCCUAUUCAAUGUGUGUAUUGGUAACAGUAACAUAUAAAUAAAUAUUACGCUCGUUAAUCUAAUUGUUGACGUCUGUGACUCUUUUCGUGUCUUUGCUCUUUGAUCUUUGUCAACAUAUUAAUAUUUAAUAUUAUUAAUUAUUAUUAAGACUAAGUCCAAGUGACAAAGAGUAAGAAGAGUAAUUAAGACUAAAACUAGUAAUAAUAGUAAUAGGUACAGGGGAUAGUAUUAUACAUUUAAAUAAUGUUAAAAUGUAAAGUUAGUACAUUUCAAGUUAAAGUUGCUUAGUAAGUUAAAUUUAAAUCAGUUUUACUUACACUAAAGUAGAAAAAAGUUUCAAUAAAGGUUCUGAAAUAAACUAAAGUACUCCAGACCCCAUCGGAUGCCCAGGCAGAGACUGAAGUGAAGUAGUACUAGAAGUAGUAAUAGAAGUAUUAGAAGAAGUAUUUUAUAUUAUAUUUAGUAGCCUAAAAUGGCCUAAAUUAAACUAAUUUGACCAAUCUACAGAAUAGUUGCUCCUGUAAUGUUGUAAGUGUAAGAAUUUUGUUAGAGUUCACUUAGAUUAUCAAACUCAAAAUGAUAUCCAUUUUUAUUACAUGAUGUGACAAAUACUUCUAACAACUCUCCCCUCAUGUAAAUUUUUCUGAUAAUACAAUAUCCUAUUACUACUAUUUAUUAUAUAACAUAUUUUUUGUAUAGGCCUAUUUGCUUUUUUUUUUUUUAUUUCCUGUAGUUAUGUGAGAGGUUUAUAUGACUUUUUAUACCCCCAAAAAAACAAGAACCAAUUACAUUUUUAGCUGAAGGUAGCAGUGUUAAAUUGUUUGCAAUAAUGUCAAGGUGGUCAAGAAAAUAGAAUGAAUUUUUAAACACAUCAAUUAGUAUUAGAAAAUAGAAUCUAAGUCAGUAGUUUUCAAUUUUAUACUAACAGGGAUCCCCUUAAGAAUAGAGUUUAUCUUUGUAGCUCCCCUCCUACCUUUUCUAAUUAUGUAAAUAUGAUUUCAAAUAAAGAGCCUAAAGGAGAAGUGCCAUGAACAGAUGUCUAUUUCACUUACAUAGGCCUAAACAAUAGCAUUGAACUCGAUCAGCUGAUCAAACAUCUUAAAAUCUGAAGAAAAUUAGUUGCUCCCACCCCCUAUGAAUGUUCAAUGGCAUCAUGUCAUUCCAUGAGAACUUGCACUGGUGCUUCAACAUUGGAAACAUUCCCACUCAGCAGUAGGAAGAAGCUUUGUUUGUAUUUGCACCCAUGCUCAUUUUUAUCUUAUUCAAAUUCCUCCAGAAUCCCUUCAAGAAAUGCAACUAGGGAGUUAUCAUCUACAAUAGGUUUUUAUGGCAAGCUGUUCAACAUCAUAAGGCAUACAUGUGAACUGCACUUUGCCUUAUAAAGUAAAGACUAAUGUCAUGGUGCAAGUAGCUGACUCCCCUCCCACCACCACCACCACCACUGAGGAGUAUGCCCUGGAAGUUGUGGUUAAGCACAUCACAUAUCUUGAGUCCACCAUGUCCAACUCUAUUGAUAAAAAGUUGAACAGUAGGAUUGCCAAAGCACCUGCAACUAUGCCCAGAUUUAUCAAGAUAAUUUGGAACAGUCUCAACCUGAGAUGACCGAAUGCAAGUUUACCAGGCAUGGAUGCUCAAUACACUCCUAAAGGGCAAUGAUAUGAUGACCACAGAAAGUGAGCCAUGAGUGGAGACUCAAUACAUAUUACCUCAGACUUCAGUUGAAAAAUAUUAGCAUUUGAUUGCAAGAUAAAGUGUCCAGUACAGAGAUACCGGAGUAUUCCAAAGUAUUACUCUCAAUAAAAGCCUUCACUUCACAUAAAGAGAAUGGACCAAAUGACCUGGCAUACGGCAUGCUGAUAGUGACAGUGUGACAGACUUGAGAGCAGUGUUUUAGCAACAAGGAUGUUUGCAUAAAAGAUAUGUAGAUGAUCAGCAAUAAAUCUGUGACUGGGAGAACUGUGCCGAAGACUGAUUUGGCUGUCUAAAAGGGAGUUAAACAGGCCCUAUGGGUGUACUAAAAACAAAAAAUAUAGCUGAAAGAAUAAUCAUCAACAAGGCUCAAGAACAGCUUUUGAUGAUCAACGAUGGGGAAAGUACAAGCAAUGCUAUCAAUUAAUGAUCAGACUUUUUAGACACUCAUUGAGGUACAAAUAGGAAGUUGUGCCACUGUAUCAUGAUCAAACAGAAUGCCUUGUGUACUUAAUACUAUUGUGAAUUGAAGCCUCUAAAAUAUGUGUACUAGUUUCCCAGCAAGACUAUCACGUUUCUAAUGUACAUGUCUUUAUAACUUGCUUUUAGAAAUAAACCAAUUUGACAAUGAGUCACCACAAAUUUCACAUUCAGGACUCGGAUAUCUGCACAAGGCACUUUUGUUCAGGCUCAGAUAAUGAGGGAAACAAUUAAGCAUAAAAAAUCUAUGAAAAAUGUGAAAUCUGUUAAUUUGUAAAUCUUUAAUAAAAGAUUAAUUUUUUACUGACUUAUACAUUUUUUCAACUUAUAAAAUUAGAACAGUUUUAAUGAAGGCCAAUCAAUGGAUUGUUUGAAAUGGAUACAUUUAAUAAUGUAUUUUACUUUCAGAAACUGAAAAGGUAAUUUAUUGCAUCAUUCUGUAUUUUCUAUUCAUUUCUAGCUGGUUGAAAAUGACUAAAAAUAAAAAAGUUGUUGGGUCUUCCAAAGUACUUCCUUAUGUGCCAAAAUAUCGAGGCCUUACUUUUAAAGUGCAGGAGACUGUUUUGACAUCUCAGUCAGUUUCUGUUCCCCUAAAUCUCGCUGAGGAAAAGGCAAAGUUUAUAAGAACUGGAGUUGCACCACAGUUUGAAGUGAAAGAUCCAACUAAAGUAUGAAUAAAAAGGCAUUCAUAAGUUAUCCAUCAUAUCUGUUAUAUGUAGUUUUGAAUAGUCUUUUUUUAAUUUGUCACAUUCACUAAAAAAUUAGUGAUUUAAAAUUAAUCAAUUCAAGCCUCAAUUGUGUGGGCAAUUAAAAUAUUUUUGUCAUGAAUAAAACAAAUCCAGGUUGUAUUUGCCUAAUAUACACCCUCUGAUUCCAAAAUAAAUUAUGUUUCAGCUCAGUGAAAUUGCAAAUAAGAUGAAAAACCAAAUACGCUUUGAUUUACUGGCAUCAGCAGAAUAUAUCUUGGAACAUGUACGAGAUAAAUAUGGAGAUGGAGAACGUUAUCUGGAGCAUGCUUAUGGACCACGGAUAACUGCAGAGGAAGCCACACCUAUGUUAUUGGAAUAUAUAGAAGAAAACUCUUUGACCCAGUCUCUCAAAAUUCAUUGGUGUGAUAAUUUAGCUUGUAGGUAUGUCUCAUAUUCCACUCUAAGACAUUUUACAUUUCCAUUUUAAAUUCAUAUAAUUACAACCAAGUUAAAAUAAUUAACUUUUUCUUCUGAUAGAAGAGCUUUUUUAUUUUCUUUCCUAUUCCAUAAGCACUAAAACUAUAGACUUAUAAUGCUUUAGCUGAUCUUCUUCUUAUGCCUUUUUACCCUGUCUAGGGCAUAGGCCGUCCACAAGAAUUUUCCAUUCAUCACUGCCUGUGCUUUUCUUUCCAGUUGUUUCCAGAUAUGUCCCAUAUUUUGCAUGUCUGCCUCUAGCUUGUGUCUCCAUGUAUUCUUUGGCCUUCCUCUCUUUCUUUUUCCCUGUGGAUUCCAUGGUAGGCAUUGUCUGGUGGUGCUAUCUAGGGGUUUUCAGAGAGUAUGACCUAUCCACCUCCAUCUUUUCUUUAUGAUGUCUUCGUUAAUGGGCACCUGGUAAGUCUUUUCUAAUAGUUCUUUGUUUGUGAUAGUAUUUGGCCAUUUGAUGUUCAGGAUCUUUCUAAGGCAUGGGUUUAUGAAGGUCUAUACUUUCUGUGUAAUGCUCGCUGUGGUUUUCCAAGUUUCUGCUCCAUAUAUUAGAACUGUUUUGACAUUUGUGUUACAGAUUCUCACUUUGUUUUGCAGCUUCAGCUCCUUGGACUCCCAUAUUUUCUUUAAUAGCACAAAUGCUGAACUAGCUUUUCCAAUUCUAGCCUUUAAAUCCUAGUUGGAUCCGCCAUUUAUGUUGAUGGUGCUGUCUAAGUAUGUGAAGGACUCCACUUCUUCCAGUGUUUUUCCGGACCGGUUGUCUUUGGGCUGUGGCGGCCCCCAGCGGAACCCGAUCGAGCCGACUUGGGUGGGGGCUAUCCUGGCAAAGGGACAUCUCCAACAUGCCGCUUCGCAGCCCAAUACUGGGCUUAGGGGGGUUGCUUUUGGGAGGGCAUAAGGAGCAUUAGCUCAACAGCCCGCUGACUCCAUUUCUUAAUGUGAUUUUUCCAUUUUUUUCCUGCCAGAGAGAUAUGCUCUUGGUUGGCUGAGUUUACCUUCAUGAUUUUUGUCUUGCUUUUAUUUAUGUUAUGUUAAGUCCAAGCUGUGCUAAAAAGUUGUGUCGUUUGUCUUUUCCUGCAUUUAUUGCUGGUUGUGGGACAGGAGUGCAAUGUCGUCUGCAAAGUCUAGGUCAUUCAGUUGUUCCCAGAAUGUCCACUGUAUUCCGUUCCUCUUUUUGUUUGUGUUUUUUUUUUUCAUUAUCCAGUCAAUGGCAAAAAUGAAAAGGAAGGGGGACAAGAGACACCCUUGUCUACUCCAGUUUCCACCAUAAAGUCAUCUGUGAGUCUAUCUUUGCCUUCCGACCUGCAUGUCAUUUCUUCAUAAGAACUCUGAAUGAUCUUGACUAGUUUUCCGGUACUCCAAAGUGCUGAAGAAGUUUCCACAAGGUUUGUCAGUCCAGGCUAUCAAAGGCCUUUUCCUAGUCUAUCAAAGCUAUAUAUGGGGGUAGUUCCAUACAAUGGACUGUUUUACAAUGAUUCUUAGUGCUGCAAUUUGAUCUGUGCAUUAUCUGUUUUGACGGAAGCCAGCCUGUUGAUCUCACAGCCUGGUCCUUCAUUCUAUUCAAAAUAAUUUUUUUUAAAACCUUUCCUGGUACAGACAGCAGUGUAAUUCCUCUGUAAUUUGCACAAUUGCUGAAAUCCCCUUUCUCUGGUAUCUUGAUGAGAUAUCCUUCUUUCCAAUCUUUUGGAACUCUCUUUUCUUCCAAUAUUUUUUCAAACAGGAGGAGCAGCAUGUGAUGUUAUCCGGUCCUGAUGCUUUCCCUAAUUUGAGCUGCUUGAUGGCCAAAGCUAUUUCUUCCUUAUUUGGUACGCUUUCUUUUAUGAUACCCAACUUCAGAUAUCUGUGCUCCCCUCUCAGUUCCCUCAGCUUUUUAGUUUGACACAGAAGACAGUGGAGUCAGUUAAGCACUGGAUGACUAUAUACAAGCUUAAAUUGAACGAUGAAAAGACUGAGCUGAUCCCCAUUGCUACGCUCAAAAGCUAAAAUAUAUAACUAACACACAAACCUUUACUCUCUCAGGUAUACUGAAAGAGUUUGCUCAAACAGUGCGAAACCUGGGUGUCUACUUAAACAGAACACUUACUAUGGAAAAUCACAUUAACAUGCUUUGCAAGGCGAUUUUUCUAGAGCUGCGCAGAAUUAGUCAUAUCAGACCUUUCUUAACAUUAGACGCAUCAAAGAGGCCGAUGUCUGCAUUCGUGCUAUCACACAUGGACUCUUGCAAUGCUCUUAUUGUGGGAUCUUCCAGCUACGCUCCUGGAUAAAAUUAAAAAAGCACAGAAUAAUGUGGCUCGCAUUUUUUCUUUGAAAACGCAAAUUCGACCAUGCUUAAACACUUCUGAGAAAGUUGCAUUGGCUGCCGGUCCGCGCUCGCAUAGAGUACAAAAUUGCAACUCUGUGCUACCGCUGAUUGCAUGACCUGGCACCGUCCUAUUUCAAAGCGCUUCUUACGCCUUAUGUACCCACUAGACAACUCUGCUCAUCUGAUAGUGGCAAACUCUCGAUACCACAUGUUCGCCUUGAGACUUACGAGGGGCGCACUUUCGCAUUUGCUGGCCCAACAAUUUGGAACACUCUUCCUAACGCUAUCAGAAACACCCAGACACUGGAGUCUUUCUUUUUCGCAAACAUUUGCUGGGGUGAUGUCUAUCUAGCUAUUAUCUUUUAGAUGUAUAUUGGCCUGUGUUGUUUAUGAUUGCAAGGUAUGAAAGACUUAAAAUGGGUUUCCUUGUAUGUAGUUUUGUAAUGUUGAAUUUUGUACUUCAAUGUGGUAUGUACCGCGCUUCGAGCCUUUGGGAAUGAAGCGUGAUUUUUAAAUAAUCUUUAUUAUUAUUAUUAUUUGUAAGUCUUGAUUUCCUGAUUGUAUGUCUGGUGUGUCUGUGGGUGGGGGUCUGUUUAAUAGUCCCUUAAAGUAUUCCACCCAUCUUUUCUGUUGUUCUUUCCUUUCUGUUAUUUAUAGUUAGCUGAUAGUGUAUUAAAACAUGCUGCAAAGAAACUUUGGCUUUAUUGUAGUGCAAAAAUGGUGUGGAAGGGACCACUGGUGAAUGCCAACAGGCCUGAGCGGAGGAAAUACUCUUUAUGGAUAAAUGCUUCAGAUGAAAAUAACUACAUGAGAGAAUCUGGCAUUCGCUGCUUAAUGGAUCAUGAAAUUGGCACACAUUUUGUAUACUUUUUAUAUUAUUAUUUCAAACAUUACACAGCUUUUCUUUUCAUUUAAAGCAGGCCUGCACAAAAAACGGCCGCCAGCACCCACUUUGCAACCCACGAAGUAAGGAAAUAUUCUUCAUUCUUAUUAUUUUCUUAAUAGCUUUCCCCCGUCCUAUUUUCUUUUGGCCCGCACAAGUCCUGUCCUAUUUUCUUUUGCCCCACACAAGGUUUUCAUAAAGUAUUACAGCCCGCACAAGUCUUUCAUAAAGUAUUAUGGUCCGCCUUACAUUUUGAGUUGUGCAGGCCUGAUUUAAAGGAAUACAUUUUUAUUUUUAAAAAAAUAAUUUAAAAACAAGUACAAAAUUUUAAAGUUACAGAUAUUUAACAAUUAACUUGGGUAAAUAUUUUUAACCACCCUCAGUCAAAACUUAAAAUUAAAGGAAACCUUAACCUCAAUCAGUUUCGAAUGUUUAAUGAUGGAUUCCAGCCCUGGUUUUCACACCGUUCUAAAUUUGGUCUGCGGAAUAUGGGUUCUUUUGAAAGUCAAUGUACAGAAGAAGGCUUAGCAUCAAUCAACACAGCCUUAAGAGGAAGAGCUAAGUUCCUUUGGGGAGCAGCAUUUACUUACUGUGAGUUCAUUCAUUAUAACAAUGUAAGGUAGUUUAUGGGGAUAACUUUUGAGAACUAUACCUAAAAUUUGACCAUAUGACUUGAAAGAUGCACAAUAAACCACGGAUUAAGAUUUGUUUCACCCUCACCCCCCAAAAGUUAAAUAAAAAUAAUAUCUAUCUCUCACAGAAUGACACUGUUAAUCUGUUGUAAAAUUGCAUGAACACUUUGAAUAUCCUUUUCAGACACAGCUUGUAAAUCAGCAGAAUUGAAUUUUAAACAGUUGUUUGACCACAUCGGUCGUUACACUUCUAACAUAGACUACAGAUGGAAGCAAGUGAUGCGCAUCAAAAGAGGCCUGGCUAAUCCAAAUGAUCUUGGUGGUCUUGCCAAUGAUCAGUGUUACUUUGAAGGUUCAAGAAUUAUCUUACAUUCAGUUUUUAAUUUACCUGUGUUUAAACUUAUUAAUGAUGUUAGUUAGGAAUUUCUAUAAAUUAAGCUAAUUUCAAUAUUCAUAUACAAAAUGCCUGUCAUUUCCGUGGUCGGGGGGCUCUGAUAGCUGUGCGUCAAAUUUAUCUUGUACGCUGGGGAGUGUGUGGAAAUUUUUCAAUGUGGCUUCAGGGCAAAAAGCACAUGGCCAGGUGGCUUGUACCUAUGUUAUAGCAACCCUGCUGUGUCUGCUAUUAUAUCUCUGCAAGGUUUGUUGUGAUGUCAUUGUUGUUGUACUGUCACAGUUGCUUCCCUUUGUUGUCAAUUGCGAGGCCCGUGGUUCUCAAAUUGAGAUGUGAAAGGCUAUGUUGUUUUGCUUAUAUGUGGUCAAUAAAAGUGCAGACACGAAGCUGAACAGACGUGUUAGUUUUUCCUUGAGUUAGACAUAGUAUUACUAACUAUAACAAGGUUCAUUUUGAUUAAAAAUAUAAAAGUUAAGUUAAUUUUUUUCAGGAGCUGUUGCAAUCCUUCGUAACGUGGACAAAAUAGAUUUUAAUCUACUGAUGUCAGGAAAAGUGUGUGUUGACGAGUUAGACAGGAUAAAACGCGUUGUUCGUAAAGACUUUAUCAGGCUUCCCACUUUUAUGCACAACAUGACAGCUUACAGAAACACACUGAAACAAAUGGCACUCUUAAAUGGUUUGGAUAAGGAAUUUCCAAAGCAUGGACCUCCAAUUGUGUAUAUUACUUUUUUAAAUAAUAAAAAUAACCAGGUGAAGGAGAAACCUAAAAAGGUGAGCUUUCUGAGUGAAAUCACGUCUAAAUGUAAUGCUACGGAAAUGUUUGAAAACCAAGUAAGUGAAAUUACCCAGUUAUUAACAUCAAGUGAAUCUGACAUGUGUAGCAAAUUAAAUACAAUAGAGGAUAUAGAAUUGCACACAAAAAUUCAUAUGAAAGAGGUGCAGGAAAAAUUUCAAUUUUCACUUACAUAUGGGCAGAUGAAGAAGAAAAAAGAAGCAAAAAGCUCUAAACAAACUGUUCCUAUACUAAAGAAGAAAAAAUUAGGAGAAGGUGACAAUGAAGAACUAGUUAAAAGCUUUUCAGUGAGUGAUUGCUUUAUUGACAUGCACUCAUUUCAAGCCAAGGAAGAGAAGAGACUGGAAGAAAGUUUAAAAGCUGUGCAGUUGGUUGAAAAGAUGUGCUCGGAAAUUAUAACAUUGGAUCAAAACCUAAAUGAGCGAAUUAAAAAGUUGCAGGACAUAGUGGAAGGUCAUGAAUGGUCAAAUAAUGAUAGCAAGUACAAGGAGGAGUUAAUGAAAUCAGUCAUUGGUCAGGUGGAGUCUAGUGUAAAUCAGACAGAA